CUCUUAACCGCCCAAUUCCGCCGAACUCUCCGCCCCGCCAUUGACCAGGGCUUUGUUGCCGACACCUCUGACCGUCCUCAACUAGCCAUGGACGCCGAGUUCCGGCGUGUCAGCGAUGCCUUCAAGGCAGACCUGACCCCACAGGAGCUGGACUACUUCCAAUCCAGCCGGCUAGAGGAUGUCCAACAUGCACUGUCCAGGGUCCAGAGUGAGCAGGAAGCCAAAGGCAGCCUGCGAUUUUUGAGGAGGAUUGAACCCUUCGUCAACACUAUGCUCGAGUAUAGCAAGGUGGUCGAGGUCUUCAUCAAUGUUGAGGAGACAAUGGCCCUUAUCUGGGGGCCGCUGAGGUUCAUGUUAAUGAUGACGAAGAACCUCACCGAAGCCUUUAGCUCUUUGCUAGACACCUAUCAACAAAUCGGAGAACAGAUUCCUCUCCUACUGUCGUUCCAAGCGCUCUUCGAAAACCAAACCCACGUUCAUAUGAGACAGCUGCUGGUCCUGAUAUACCAAGAUAUUUUGAACUUCCAGCUGCUUGCUCUCCGAUUCUUCCGCAAAAAAAUGUGGAAAAAACUCUUCCUCGCAAAUUGGAGCGGGUUCAAAACAGAUAUCAGCCAGUUGAAGGAAAAUCUGGGACGCCACAAGCGGCUUAUCGAAAGCCGCGCUUCCCUCACCCAAUUUGAGGAGACGCAUAGCAUACGGGUGGCGGCCGAGGAGAACCUCAAGCAAACCAAGGAAGACACGCAACGCCGCCGCAGACGAGACGUGUUUCAGUGGCUGGGCUCUGCAGAUGUGGAGGCAGUUCACGAACGCCAUGUGACCGCCAGGGCCUGGAGCUCGGAGUCAUGUACCUGGCUAGCCCAGGAUCCAGUCUUUAAGGAUUGGUUCGAUCCUGACUUUUGCACUACGCCAUUGCUUUGGCUUAACGGCAAACCAGGCGCAGGCAAAUCUGUCCUUGCUUCGUCCGUGAUUGACAAGGCAAGAGAGCUUCAGGGGAUCACAGUUGCAUUCUUCUACUGCAGCGAGGGGGAUCCUACAAGGAGGGAGUUCAUCGCCAUUGCCAGAUCGAUGCUCGCCCAGCUAGUGGCUCAGGACGAAACCCUGAUUCUUCAUUGCGAGUCAAAGAUGUCAUCCCAAAAUGGGAAAGUGCCCCAAAACGUUUUAUCCGAUCUCAAGCUGGCAAAGGAUCUGCUGGAAACGGCUCUCAAGAGCCGAAAGACCUACGUGGUUCUGGAUGGGAUUGACGAGUGUGACAGAGAGCAGCGGAAGGAUAUCUGCCAUUGGUUUAGGGAGACAGUAAGCAACCUCCCUAGAACUAAGCACGAUGACAUCAGAUGUCUGUUCGUCAGCCAGGACGAUGGCAUCGCUAGGAAGGAUCUCUCCAUGAUUUCCACGCUCAGCCUCACAGCGGAGAAAAGUGAGCAAGAAAUCAAGGAAUUCUCAACACACCAUCAGUCCCAACUCGAGCUCCAGUUCCGUUCGCUAGGGAACUAUGGGCUUGACCUUGCAAGGAUCGUUACAGCCAGAUCGUGUGGGAUGUUCAUAUUCGCUCGUUGCGUAUUCGAAGAGUUGCGUCAGCAACCCUCGCUUCAAAAACUCCUGGACGAAUGGAAAGAAGACCGAUUCCCAAAGGACCUUACAGAGGUGUACACCCGGAUAUACAACCGGAUCAUGAGCUCUGGGUCCAGGAACCAGCACGAGGUUUCGAAACGGCUUCUGUCUUGGGUUGUUAUCGCAAGGAGACCUCUGAAGUGGUGUGAGAUGCAGGCUGCAAUAUCCAUCAACCUCGAAGAAGAAACGGUCAAUGAGCCAAAGGACCGCUUGGUAGACUCUUCGAAAGAUCUCUGUGCAUCCUUCGUUGAGAUCCACGCGGAUCAAAUGAUCGAGUUUGUGCAUGGCACAGUCAAGGAAUUCUUGAUCAACGAGCACAUCAUAGACCCCUCCAAGAGCGAGCUCGAUCUAUCCCUGCUUAGCAUGUCAUACCUCAGUCUUGGGGAGAUGGAUUUGGACAACAACACCGAGGAAGUCAUGCAUGGUGUCUUAGCUGGGCGCUAUGCAUUCUACGACUACGCCGUGUCCAGCUGGACAUCACACUUGAUGGCCUGGCUGGAAGGGGAAAGCCAUGACCAGGAGGUCAUCGAGAAGUUCAAGGGACUCCUUGACUUGUUCCUUGAUCAGCAUUACAACAAGACACCCACCGCAGCACCAGUGUCGAAGGAGAUGCACAAGAAGCUUCACGCUAUUGCGCACUUUGAGUCUUACGCCAGGGUCGCCCAAGCGAUCAUAUGGUCAAGGAAACAGCUCAAAACCCUCAGCACCAACGCCGACAGUACCACUGCAGUACUUGACUUCCCAGAGCUCACACAGAACAUCAGGGGGGCUAUGGAAAAUGCAGUGGAGGGGAAUCACUCACUGGACUCGCGAGACGCACUCCGACUCUUCUAUGGAGAGAAGCUAUUCAAAUGCAGUAAAGUCUACUGCCCCCGCUUCUAUGAUGGGUUUGAGUCGAAGCGCGACAGAGAUGAGCACCAGGGAUGCCAUGACCCUGUCGUUUUCUGUGGCCAUGGCAGUUGCUACAGGGCCAAGUUCGGGUUUGCUUCCGAGGCGGACCUUCGCCGUCAUAUGCUCCAGGAACACAGAAUCGACAACUUUCCGGACGUGCCGAAACCGAAACCAGAUCUUGAAAGGCGCGAAGGUGACAGACAAUGUCCGCACUGUCCUAAGCUUUUUCGUAGCUGGCAAGGUUGGAACUUGAAGCUCCAUGUGAGGACGCACACAGGCGAGAAGCCCUACGAAUGCUCGUCCUGUGGCAGAAGGUUCACAAGGAGUAACAAGAGGGACGACCAUUUAAAGCGCACAUGCAAAGGCUCAGCCUCAGAUGCCCAGUUAUGAUAACACCGCAACCGCCCAUCAUCUCUGGCAUGGGAGGGGUGGUGUACAAAUCAUGUAUCGUAACUACGGAGUUGAGACGUGGUUGGGAAUAUUACAUGAGAGAGAAACGAGAAAGAACAUGUAGUUUGUAAAAAUGAGGCUAAAUAAGUCAGUGCACCCCUUGUUGGCCCACCCCCCAUGUUCGCCCACCUUUUCCACGCCUUUUUCACAAAAACUCACUGUUUUCAUAACGCAUUUAAACAUCGUACAAAAAUCGUAUAAAUAUAAAAUAAACAGCUUUAUAUAGCUAAAAGCAUAA